UCGAGGACCCGUAUUUAUCAAGGACCCGUAUUUAAAGAGACAGGCGGAACAGUCCUCGUGGGCUGCCCGCGGCCUUGCGGGCCCCUGUUCGGGAGGCCCUCGCUGAGCGGUGGAGCCGGGGAGGCCGGCGAGGCAGAUAUAUGACUUUGGCGUUUAAAAUCCUCUUCUCACAAAACCUUCGUGUACUUGGCCGAAAAGAACUGUGUUUGUUCCGAGAACAGUGUCACUGGCCUGACAUAAGACAUUUCACCCAGUGGUCAGAAAGAGAUCUGCUUCGUGGGGGCUGCCUCUUUCAGAGAAGAAAGCCUGUUCUGUCAUUCCAGGGAGGCCACAUAAGACCACGUGCCACUCACCUUGUUUUCUUGCCAGGAUCGCAUGUGGGACUCUGCAGUGGGCCCUGUGAGAUGGCCGAGCAACGGUUCUGUGUGGACUAUGCCAAGCGUGGCACAGCUGGCUGCAAAAAAUGCAAGGAGAAGAUUGUGAAGGGUGUAUGCCGAAUUGGCAAAGUAGUGCCCAAUCCCUUCUCAGAGUCUGGGGGCGAUAUGAAAGAGUGGUACCACGUUAAAUGCAUGUUUGAGAAACUGGAGAGGGCACGGGCCACCACAAAAAAGAUCGAAGACCUUACUGAGCUGGAAGGCUGGGAAGAGCUGGAAGAUAAUGAAAAGGAACAGAUAACCCAGUACAUUGCAGAUCUGUCCUCUAAGGCAGCAAGCACACCAAAGAAGAAAGCGGUUGUCCAGGCUAAGUUGACCACCACUGGCCAGGUGACAUCCCCAGUGAAAGGCACAUCAUUUGCCACCAAUGCCAAUCCCCGGAAAUUUUCUGGUUUUUCAGCCAAGCCUAACAACUCUGAGCAAGCCCCCUCAAGCCCUACCCCUAAGGCAAGUCUGUCCUCAAGCAAAUGUGACCCUAAACACAAGGAUUGUCUGCUACGGGAGUUUCGGAAGUUGUGUGCCAUGGUGGCUGAUAAUCCUAGCUACAACACGAAGACCCAGAUUAUCCAGGAUUUCUUGCGGAAAGGCUCAGCAGGAGAUGGCUUCCACGGUGAUGUGUACCUGACAGUGAAGCUGUUGCUGCCAGGUGUCAUUAAGAGUGUUUACAACUUGAAUGAUAAGCAGAUUGUGAAACUUUUCAGUCGUAUUUUUAACUGCAAUCCAGACGACAUGGCACGCGACCUGGAGCAGGGUGACGUGUCAGAGACGAUCAGAGUCUUCUUUGAGCAGAGCAAGUCUUUUCCCCCAGCCGCCAAGAGCCUCCUCACUAUUCAGGAGGUGGAUGAGUUCCUCCUGCGCCUCUCCAAGCUCACCAGAGAGGACGAGCAGCAGCAGGCCCUACAGGAUAUUGCCUCCAGGUGUACGGCCAAUGACCUUAAGUGCAUCAUCAGGUUGAUCAAACACGAUCUGAAGAUGAACUCAGGUGCAAAACACGUGUUAGAUGCCCUCGACCCCAAUGCCUAUGAAGCCUUCAAAGCCUCACGCAAUCUGCAGGACGUGGUGGAGCGGGUCCUUCACAAUGAGCAGGAAGUGCAGAAGGAUCCGGGCCAGCGCCGAGCUCUGAGCGUUCAGGCCUCACUGAUGACACCUGUGCAGCCCAUGCUGGCCGAGGCCUGCAAGUCCAUCGAGUAUGCCAUGAAGAAGUGUCCGAACGGCAUGUUCUCCGAGAUCAAGUAUGACGGGGAGCGGGUCCAGGUGCAUAAGGACGGGGGCCACUUCCGCUACUUCAGCCGCAGCCUCAAGCCUGUUCUGCCUCACAAGGUGGCACACUUUAAGGACUACAUUCCCCAGGCCUUUCCCGGGGGCCACAGCAUGAUCUUGGAUUCCGAGGUCCUCCUGAUCGACAACUGCACAGGCAAACCACUGCCCUUUGGGACUCUGGGAGUGCACAAGAAAGCAGCCUUUCAAGAUGCGAAUGUCUGCCUGUUUGUUUUUGAUUGUAUCUACUUUAAUGAUGUCAGCUUGAUGGACAGACCUCUAUGUGAGCGGCGGAAGUUUCUUCAUGACAACAUGGUUGAAAUCCCCAACCGGAUCAUGUUCUCCGAAAUGAAGCAAGUGACAAAAGCCUCGGACUUGGCUGACAUGAUAAACCGGGUGAUCCGGGAGGGCUUGGAAGGGCUGGUGUUGAAGGAUGUGAAGGGUACUUACGAGCCUGGAAAGCGGCACUGGCUAAAAGUUAAAAAAGACUAUCUGAAUGAGGGGGCCAUGGCUGACACAGCAGAUCUGGUGGUUCUUGGAGCCUUCUAUGGGCAAGGGAGUAAAGGUGGCAUGAUGUCAAUCUUCCUCAUGGGUUGCUAUGACCCUAGCAGCCAGAAGUGGUGCACCGUUACCAAGUGUGCAGGAGGUCAUGAUGAUGCCACGCUUGCCCGCCUGCAGAAGGAGUUAGACAUGGUGAAGAUCAGUAAGGAUCCCAGCAAAAUACCCAGUUGGCUGAAGAUCAACAAGAUCUACUAUCCUGACUUUAUUGUCCCGGACCCAAAGAAAGCUGCUGUAUGGGAGAUCACAGGGGCAGAAUUCUCCAAAUCUGAAGCUCACACUGCCGAUGGCAUCUCCAUCCGAUUUCCUCGCUGCACCCGAAUCCGGGAUGACAAAGACUGGAAAUCUGCCACCAACCUCCCCCAACUCAAGGAACUCUACCAGCUGUCCAAGGAGAAGGAUGACUUCACCAUAGUGGCUGGAGAUGAGGGGAGCUCUACUGGAGGCAGUAAUGGCGAGAAUGAGGGCACCUCUGGGUCUGCUGUGCCCCACAAGGUUCCCAAAGCCUCCCCAAGCAAGUCCUCUGCUAGUGCCAAGAAGGCUGAAGGGAAGCUGAAUAACCCCAACAGCAGAGGCAACAAGCUGACUACAAAGUCUUCCCCCAUGAAACCAGGAGAGAAGCUGGCCGUGAAGUCUUCUCCAGUGAAAGUGGGGGAGAAGAGGAAAGCUACCGAUGAGGCCCCACACCAGACAAAGGUGCUGCUGGAGAUCUUCACUGGGGUGCGGCUCCACUUGCCGCCCUCCACCCCAGACUUCAGACGUCUCAGGCGCUACUUUGUGGCAUUCAACGGGGACCUAGUGCAGGAAUUUGACAUGGCCUCAGCCACACAUGUGCUGGGUAGCAGGGACAAGAACCCUGAGGCCCAGCUGGUCUCCCCAGAGUGGAUUUGGGCAUGUAUCCGGAAGCGAAGGCUAGUAGCUCCCUGCUAGGACUUGCCUGGGCUUUGUCCCUCUUGGGCCAUCCUCUCCCACCUCCUCCACUAGGGAAGGCUCAGCUGGGGGCAGGUAGAUGGUAGGAGGGGAGAUUUCUUCUCUAAGCAGUGCUUCUUCUAAAACCCUCCAGCUACUUGUGUUUUCUGGACCAGCAAUUAGAUACUAGUGAAGUCAGAGUCUCUUGCUGGUGUAAUCUGAUCUUGGAGAUCUGGGCACUGGCUUCGUCAUCAUUUUUAUUAAAAAAAAAAAAAAGGUAUAGCUGUUUAA